UAAAUAAUACACACACCGUAAACAGUUGUAGCAACACAUGGCAACUUGUAACACAAUAAAAUAAAAAGGUCCUUACGUACCCUUUAAUAUGUACCUAAUUAUGAUGUGGAACAAUACCACACAUAUUCUACAUUUUCUUCAUCGUGCCGAAGCAGAAAUUAAUUGUUUAUUUCGUUAAACAAGUGGCACCCUUUGGAAUCCUGUUGCUGAGUAAUGCUUACCAGGAUCCUUUCUUGUUUAUGUGCCAGGCUCACCCCAGCAUUAAGCAAUAAGCAUUAGGCAAUGCAAACCAUACAGAAGCGACCAGCUUUGUAUUCCUGAUAACUGGGAAAGCAAGCGUAAGCCAGGUUUUCAUGUAACAGAUCAAUUGUACUGUAUGUAGAGUUCCCUUGUUUCAAUGCAAUUGCUGUGUCAUUGGUGAGUGGUAUUGAGUGAGAUAAAAAUAACUCUCCUAUACCAAGAAAUAAAAAAAAUAAACUCUGGUUAGUAAGAACAAAGUCUAAGAAAAUACAGGCCUAUUUUACCAUGUUUUAAAUUAUUUGUAUCAUACACAUAUUGACAGUAAACAACCGACACGAUAAAAAUGGGAAGCCCCAGCAGCUUCGUCAAGUCUAACGGCAAGCACUAAACAGAAAAGAGUUGUGUGUUUUUAUUUUUCUCUUUUCUUCCUCUGCACUUAUCAAAGGACAAUAAAAAACAAACGCACGCAGUUUCAGUCUUUUAAGGAAGUGGUUUACGUUUUCGCCAUCCGUGUCGUCACACAACAAUACAGCAGUCCUGAUUUGCUUCUCCCCUGUGUGGUGUAAACAAUAUAUUCACUUCACUAUUUUGUCUCGAGGUUGUGUAGGGUCCUGUAAAGGUAUGAAUGAUGUGUCUCAAUACAUUUUGUUUUCUUUGUGCGCUUUCUGUUUUGGAAUACUUAUAACUGUCUGCACAUUUAUUUUUCACUAUUUAAAAUGUGUUUACCUUGAGGCCACCAUAGCAAAGGAGUAUGAAAACUCAGAUAAUUCCCUGCAAGGCAGUUCGGCCAAUUGACUUCCUGUAGUGUCCUCGGGAACAGGAAGUGAGGGAUGUUUAAACCUGGUUGUGAAAGCUAAACAAGGGUUGUCACAGGGUCCAGUUUUGAGAUAUAUUCCCUUUCUCUGGUUAGAUAAUAUUAGCACUUUUUUAUUGUCUUGAGUGUUGUUACACACUUGAGUGGGCUUGACUAAAUACCAACUCCAGCUGAAGCUCCAGGCUCUAGGCAUGACUUGGCCUGUUUAGUCUAAGAAUUCUUGCAAUGUUUACCAAAUGGGGCGAAAGGGCCUUUACAGUAAAGACUACUGCUUUUGCACUGUAGUUGGAAUUCUGAGUAAUUAUUCCUGUAAAAAAAAAAAAAAAAAAAAAAAACAAUUUCAAUCUUAAAUAUAACGACAAGACUAUCACACAGCAUUCCUGUGGAGGGAAAUUGACUUGCUUCAGCAACUCUUUCAUAAUGGAGAAAAAAAAAAAAUCAUAACCAAGUAAAGGGGCCUUGUAAAGAACUGCAAAGCACUACUUUGCCUUGAAUAAAUCGAUAAUGGAAAGAACUGUAGGCACAGAAGCGAACAAGCUAGCUGUUUGGUACAGGAAGUUGGGGAGGUAAGAAGGAAAUAAGAGUGAGCUGUCCACUGUGAAGGCUGUCUCUCUGCUUCUUUUACUCUGACCAGUUGUCGUUUCAGAGUCGUUCAUGGUUUACUACGUGUAUCGAAUGUUUUGCUGCUGCUGGGAAAGAGAUGAAAGCUUGAUAGAGGAUGGCGGUAAAACACUGAAGGAAAAACAGACCCUCUGUGAAGUAACCUUUGCCUAUUCUCCUCUGGACAAGGACGAACUUGAACUGAAAGAAGGGGAAAUUAUUGAAUUUAUAAAGGAGAUAGAAGAUGGUUGGUGGCUGGGUAACAAAAAUGGCAAAAUAGGGGCUUUCCCAUCCAACUUUGUCAAGACUAUUACAGAAACUACUGACGGGCCGAACAGCUCUGCUGUGAAACAAAGACCAAAGCUGUCAGAAGCAUUGUUCAAUAAAGAGCUGGAAAAGCUACCAAAAUUGCAACACACAUCUGGGGCAGGCCAGAGGCUUGACAUAAACCAAGACAACGAACGCUGUAAGGUUAUGUUCGAUUACACUGCCACUGCUGAAGAUGAACUGGACCUGAAGAAAGGGGAUAUUGUUGUAAUAAUCAAUAAGGACACAGACGAUGAGGGCUGGUGGGAGGGAGAGCUCAAUGGCAAACGUGGCUUCUUUCCUGAUAACUUUGUCAUGGUUCUCCCUACAGCGUGUUUGAUGCUGGAGAACACUGACAGGCCUCUUAGAAUGCUUGACAAGAGUUCAGGUAAGACUUGGACACACUGUAGGAUAAGUGUAAGCAGCUUCAAAUGUUGUAUUGUCAUUCAUGUAACGAAACCACAAUGUAGCUGUAAACAUUGGAAAAAGAUACGGAAAAGGUCAAAACAGUACGUUUAUAGCUGGAAAGGGUCAAAACAAUACAUUUGGAAUCUAGAAAGGUUUAGUUUAAGGCAGACAUGAAGUCUUUUGGUUAGAGUUUUCUUAAUAAUUCAGACAUUAAAAUGCCAUUUGAAGGCAUUUCCUUGAUGUAUUUUUGCUUAAACCUUUUUGUAAGACCUUGACAGUUUUCAACCUUUGUUGUACAAUGGAAAUCCCCACAGUCUAAGCUUCAGAUGUGGGAUAUAUCCAAAGGUAGUUUCCUAACUUUAUGAAAAGGCAUGACUCACAGGAAAGUUUUUAGAUGUACUUAACUCAAACCAGACUGAAAACAAAACAUUGCUAUUCUGUUCAAAAUGUCAUAGCAUUGUGCACUUCAACUGAGGCACAUGUAGGUACUGUACACUGUUGCAAAAGAACGUACUGCACAGCCUACCU